CCAGCGAAAUAAAUCUUGGACUCGACCACCAUCCCGUUCGACUUAUGACCUCUUCGUGAUCUCGCUAUGUGAGGGGGGAAACCUUUCCUCUGGCCGGUGCUUCUCACUAUCGAACCGUUGAGUCAUAAGCAUGAGUACAAGGCAAAAGGACGACAACAACGAGCAAACCAUGGCAGCAACACGUGCAGCGAAGAAGGAGUUGCGUAAAGCUUUGAAGGCCACUCUGGCCAGCGUCGAGAAGGAUAGUGUAGCAGCUCAAUCUUCGAAGAUCGUCAAGACGCUCUUUGCUCAGCCAGAGUACCAGCGAGCCAAGCGCAUUAGCGUCUACCUCUCCAUGCCGUCCGGUGAGGUCCACACGCCCGUGAUCGUGCGUCACGCUCUGGGCGCUGGGAAACGCGUGUUCGUGCCUUACUUCUACUCGGUGCCCGCCGCCUCUCAGUCGUCAGAUGCAGGCUCGCCGGCGAAGAAGACAAUGGUCAUGGACAUGCUUGAGCUGGCCUCGCUUCACGACUUCGAGACGCUGGCACUGGACGCUUGGGGCAUACCUACGCCGAGCGAGGAGUCUAUUCAGCACAGAGCGAACUGCUUCGGUGGAUGCGGCCGCUCCGUGGACAUGCCGCUGGGAAGUCAGUCUGGAGAGGGUGUCGAUGUUGUCGUCACGCCGGGACUGGGCUUUGAUAGAGCAUGUGGACGGCUCGGACGGGGAAAGGGUUUCUACGAUCGCUUCUUCGAGAGGUGCAACAAGGAAGCUGGAUUGGGAGCUAGAGUGCCUUGGAAAGUUGGUCUUUCCCUAGUGGAUCAACUGCUCCCUGCAGGAAAGGAAAUACCCAUGGACGGGACAGAUGUCCGACUUGACGCCGUUAUUGCAGGAGAUGGAAGUGUGUUCCGGCGACAGGCGCCGCCGUCGACGCAGAGUUGACCAAUGGUGUGUAAACCACAAUAUCCUGCUAUGGAAUGUCCCUUACUCUAAACGCCAUUUUCUACAUCUUGGUUGCGCCACACUUGAUGAAGUUCUCUCGCCCUUUUAAAGCCUCACCAUCAUCGUAAUUGGUGGAUUAUGCCUCCUCCGCUGCCUUGGCACGCAAGUCGUCAUGCCUGUAGCUCCUGAAUCAAUGAUACAUUGUCGCCUUUGA